UAAUUUAGGUCAGUGCUAUGCUGAAACUAAAAUCAAAUGAACUGCACUUACAUUUGUCACGAAAAUGGCCGCUUUAGGGACAGUAAUACGAAAGGCCACUUCGUUAGGUAUUUUGAAAAAUACACUGCUUCGUCAUGGACCUGUAUGCACAUCUGUCCGACCUGCCUCACAUGUAUGGUAUCCAGACAAGGAUUACUGGGAGCCAUAUAAGAAGCCAUACUUCUACUGUGAAGAUCCUGAUGUGAAACUUCCCCCAUACAAUCUCCGUGAACAUGAUGCAGAAAGAGAAGUGCACAACAUUGUGAUGAAUUUUGGGCCUCAGCAUCCAGCUGCUCAUGGUGUCCUGCGUCUGGUGCUGACUCUGCAGGGGGAGAAUGUUGUGAGGGCUGACCCCCACAUUGGCCUCUUGCACAGAGGAACUGAAAAGCUGAUUGAAUACAAGACAUACACUCAGGCUUUACCCUAUUUUGACCGAUUGGAUUACGUCUCUAUGAUGUGCAGUGAGCAGGCCUAUUGUCUUGCUAUAGAAAAACUACUCAACAUCGAGGUACCACCUAGAGCCAAAAUGAUAAGAACACUGUUUGGUGAAAUUACUAGAGUUCUCAACCAUAUCAUGUCUAUUGGAAGCCACGCUUUGGAUGUUGGGGCUAUGACUCCUUUGUUCUGGCUGUUUGAAGAGAGAGAAAAACUCAUGGAGUUCUAUGAGAGAGUUUCUGGAGCACGCCUGCAUGCAGCUUACUUUCGUCCUGGAGGAGUUACACUUGACAUGCCCAUGGGACUCAUGGAGGAUAUCUAUGAGUGGGCCAGCAAAUUCAGUCAGCGGCUGGAUGAAGUGGAUGACCUUCUGACAGAGAACAGGAUCUGGAAGGCUAGAACUAUUGACAUUGGUGUUAUAUCCGCAGAGGAAGCUAUGACCUAUGGCUUCAGUGGUGUGAUGCUUCGUGGUUCUGGUAUCAAAUGGGAUGUCCGCAAGGUUCAGCCCUACGAUUCUUAUGCUGAGGUUGACUUUGAUGUUCCAGUUGGAAACAGAGGAGACUGUUAUGAUAGGUAUCUUAUUCGUAUGGAGGAAAUGCGACAGAGUUUAAGAAUCAUCUUACAGUGCAUGAAUAAAAUGCCGCAGGGUGAGAUUAAGACUGAUGAUAACAAAGUUACACCUCCCAGACGUGCAGAAAUGAAGGAUUCCAUGGAGUCUUUGAUCCAUCACUUCAAGCUGUUUACUGAAGGAUUCCAAGUCCCUCCAGGUACAACCUACUCAGCAGUUGAAGCUCCAAAGGGAGAGUUUGGUGUGUAUCUAAUAUCAGAUGGAACCAACAAACCUUACAGAUGUAAAAUUAAAGCUCCUGGCUUUGCUCAUUUGGCUGCCCUGGAUAAAUUAUCCAAGAAACACAUGUUAGCUGACGUUGUAGCUAUCAUUGGUACCUUAGAUAUUGUGUUUGGUGAGGUGGACAGAUAGACAAUCAGGACUAUAUCUGUCAAACUUAAAUUAUAACAGUGUUUGUACCUUUUAAUACCAGUUUUAGCAAUGGUGACUAAGAAAUAGGUUUUCAUUAAUAUACUGUACAUAAAUAUGAUUUAUGAUGGCUUAGACAAUGUCAGUUGGGUUUGGUUGAAUGUGAUCUGAGCUCCACUGACACAAUCUCAUGUUUAGGGUAGUAUUAACAAAAUGUUCCUUCUGAUUAUACAUUUAUUGUUAUGUAGUUUUCUUUUUGAAAGCUGGUUCUUGUUUAGUUGGAAAAAAUAUUAGACGAUGUUCUGUGACGUAUACACUUUAUUUUAGUUAUGAAUUCUAAAGCUGUACUAAACUGUUUAAAAAAAAAAAAGACAGCAAGGUAAAGGCUAUAAAAAGAAGUUUAUGCCAAGUGAAAACAAUUUGUAGGCUGAGUACUGGACCCUGAAGAUUUGAGUUGUCCAGUUGUGAAGAACAGACAGUGACAGACUGACAAAUAUCUUGCUUUUGUUUGUUCUUUUGUCUUUUGAAUUGAGCAAACCAGAAAAUAAAAAGAAACAUAAUAUAUAA